AUGGCGGCUGUAACAAGGAGAACUUUGCUGCUUAUGCUCAUGAAACGUCGAUGGGAAAAGAAAACUAUGUACAGAAAGCGAAUGUGGGAGCGAAAACUUUUCAAGGAGCGCAAAACGAAAGGAGAGUUUUACCUUUUAGUUCAAGAUUUACGGUUGUACGAUGAAGAAUACUUCUUUAGAUACUUUCGUAUGAGUGUGGUCCAGUAUGAAGAACUUCUGUCUAUGGUAGCUCCGAUAAUCCAAAAAUCGUCACAAAAACGGGAAUGCAUCGGUCCGAACGAGCGCCUCUGUGUUACCAUGCGAUAUCUAACAACUGGAGACGCUCAAACAACUAUUGCGAUGAAUUAUCGAAUAAGCCCUUCCUCUAUUGGAAGAAUUAUUUACGAAACAUGCGGAGCAUUAUGGCAAGUCCUAUCACCCAAGUUUCUGCAGUGUCCAAAAAAUGAAACCGAUUGGAAAAGAAUAGCUAAUGAGCUUAAUUUGAUUUGA